CUUAUUUAAAUCAGAAUAUACGCUAACAUUUUCUUAAUUAAAAAAAAAAAUAGAAGAAAGUUGUUGAAACCGUUCCUAUGUGAAAGCCCCUUCCUAAUUUCGGCAGAUUUUCUCUAUUUAAUUCAUACUUAUUUACUUUCCUUAUCAACGGUCUCAUUUAUUAUUUAAUUAUUACGUGCAAAUCUACACUUUACAUUUAUAUACCAAAUAUCAGUGCUGCCUUUUCACACAACUUUCUCCCUCUUCCCUCUCCCUCACCUCCAUUCUUCCAUGGCUUCCCGGCUCCACAUAGCAACUAUUCUUCUUUCAGUCUUCUCCCUUCUUCCUCCUCUUAGCCAUGGAUGGGGCACUGAUGGCCACUACAUAGUUUGUCAAAUAGCCCAAGAACAAUUAAGCGAAGCAGCAGCAGAUAGAGUAAAUGAACUGCUCCCAGACCAUGCCAAGAACAAUCUCAGCAGCUUAUGUUCAUGGGCAGAUCAUGUAAGGUUCAGAUAUACUUGGUCUUCAGAACUCCACUACAUCAAUGUACCAGACGAUACCUGCACCUACAAUUACACCAGAGACUGUAAAGAUGAAAAUGGAGUGUUAGGAAGAUGUGUAGGAGGAGCCAUCACUAACUACACAAAUCAGCUUCUUACAUACAGAAACUCUUCGGAUGAUGGAAAAUAUAAUCUUACACAGGCUCUGUUGUUCCUUUCCCAUUUUAUGGGAGACAUUCAUCAGCCUCUGCAUGUAGGACAUACCUCAGAUGAAGGAGGAAACACCAUUGAUGUCCACUGGUAUACCCAAAGUACAGUGCUGCAUCAUGUUUGGGAUUCCAGUAUAGUUGAAACAGCUGAAGAUGACUUCUACAGCUCUGAUGUAGUUGAUUAUAUUGAAGAUCUCAGGCAAAAUAUUACAGGAAAGUGGUCAAACCAAAAAUCCAAAUGGCAAAAUUGCAGCGGAAAUUUGAUCGCAUGUCCCGACAUAUAUGCAUCUGAGAGCAUCAGCGCAGCAUGUGAAUGGGCAUACAAAGAUGCCACGAAUGGUUCUGUGCUUGAAGAUAAAUAUUUCUACAGCAGAUUGCCAGUAGUAGAUUUAAGGUUAGCUCAGGCUGGAGUUCGGUUGGCUGAAAUCCUCAAUCUAAUCUUUGGUUGAAGACUGAAGUCAGUAGAUCUUCUGAGUACCAAAAAGUUACAAAAAUAGCAAAAUUAUAUGAGAC